CUUAAGUACGUUAACUCAAUAACAUGCUCAGUAAAAAUAACGCUCUCAGCUGAGUAGGUUAGCUAAAUCCCAUUUCUUGAACGUGCUCAAUAAGCUACUCAACUGAGUAAAAAUAACGCGAUUAUCUUUUCGGUCAUUUCGGUUAAAAGAGAGCUCUUCGGUAAAAAAGGUAAGAAAGUAUAAAGUUCGGGAAAAUCUGACAACAGACGAUAGAAAUGGACAAUGGAAGCAAAAGAGCUCCCAACUGGACAGAAGCAGAGAAAAGUUACUGCCUCGAGCUGAUAUCAGUCGAGUCCGAUGUACUGUUCGGAACAUUUCGAGGGGCCACACAAGGUGGCAAGCUAAAAAAAACAGCCUGGGAAGGCGUUUGUAAAAAGCUUAAUGCCUCUGGUCUGGUUACGAACAUGAGGAGUGUUGACGAGAUUAAGACGAUGUGGAGAAACGCAAAAGGAAGAGUAAAAGAAAAGGUAGAUAAAAGUAAAAUGACUGGUGCUGGUGUGAUUGAGCCCCUAACAGCAUGCGAAGAGUUCGUUAGCAACCACAUGUACGCUAACAAUCAGUGCCAGUUGCUAGGGAUUCCCGGAGGAUCAGAAACAGCCACUUAUGUUGCACAGUCAUUACCAAGCGGCCAUGAGAUUACUAGAGACGAUGGUCUGAUCGUGCUACACCUUGACGACAGCAUGAACAUCUCGGAUAUAAUACAAACCCCAAGCCCAGUGCGAGAUGAACAAGAUUGUGAUCGCCAAGCGGCAGAAAAGAAGCCGAUGUUUAAAGGGAAGAAAAGCACACUGAAAAGGAAAGGAGAAAGAACGGAGGAUUUGUACGAUCUUGAGGAGCAGCGCUUGAACGCUGAAUUAAAAUCAUUUAGGGCCCAAGAGAGGUAUUGGAUGGAAAAGAACAAAAGGGAGGCAGCAGUUCAUGAACUUAACAUUGAACUUUUGAAGAGAAGAGUCGAAAACGAAAACUAUACUUAA